AACAGUAAAACUUUAUCUCUCUUCUUCUCCACAAUGUCUAAAACGAAUGUAAGAAGACAUAUUCUUGAGAAGAGCACAAGUGUCAAAGAUACACAGAAAAUAUUGAACCACAGCUUUUUCACCAAAAACCUCAAGAAAGUGUACCCUAUUGGCCUUCAGAAAAGCACUUCAUCUUUAUCUUUAUCGUCAGUGUCCUUGUCUUUGUCACAAAACUCAAAUGACUCUUCUCCGGCUGAUUCUUUGACUCCUCUGGAUGAAAAGAUUUCACUCGCACUGCGUUUGCUUUCCCCGCGUGAAAGACGAGAACCUACCUUAGCUACUAAACCUUCUCUACAGCAACACCAACAAUCAGUCACCACCGAACCUGGAGAAUUGAAACGAUGCAACUGGAUCACAAAGAACAGUGAUAUGGCGUACAUAGAAUUUCAUGACGAGUGCUGGGGAGUUCCAGCUUAUGAUGACAACAAAUUGUUUGAGCUGCUUGCAAUGUCUGGACUGCUUAUGGACUACAAUUGGACAGAAAUUCUUAAAAGAAAGGAAUCUCUUAGAGAAGUAUUUGCUGGAUUUGAUGCUAAUACUGUUGCCAAAAUGGAGGAAAAGGAAAUCAUGGAGAUAGCUUCAAACAAAGCACUUUCUUUAGCUGAUAGCAGAGUUAUGUGCAUAGUAGACAACGCCAAAUGCAUAAUGAAGAUUGUAAAAGAAUUUGGAUCAUUCAGUAGCUAUAUAUGGGGUUAUGUAAAUCAUAAACCAAUAAUAAACAGAUACAGAUACCCAAGAAAUGUGCAAUUGAGGAGUCCAAAAGCAGAGGCUCUUAGCAAGGACUUGGUAAAGCGAGGAUUUCGGUUCGUUGGUCCAGUGAUAGUGCACUCUUUUAUGCAGGCCGCAGGAUUGACCAUUGAUCAUCUUGUGGAUUGUUAUAGGCAUAGUGAGUGUGUAAGCUUGGCAGAAAGACCUUGGAGGCAUAUUUGACAUGCUCUGAUUCACUAGUGGAACAGAAUUUUCACUUGGGUAAAACUGAAGUACAUUUUAACAGAUAAUUUUGUACUAUUUUUUAAUUAAAAUUAUGUUUUACCUCAAUAAUAUGUAAUAAUAUUAAAUACUGACAUCUUAUUGAGGUACAAUUUUAAUUUUAAUAGAAAAAUAGUACUAAAAACACUUACACACUGCCCUUAAGUUUUAUACUAUAUAAGCACGGUUACUCACUCAGUUUUUCCAUGCAUGUCAACCAAAUAUGGACAUGAAUGUUGUUUAGUUUCCUUGUUUCUUCGUCUUUUGUUUUUUAUUUUUGAUUUUCGGUUCUUUUUUCUUCCUAUUCAUUUCAU